AUGUUCUACAGUCAUGAGAUUCUUACCAGCCAGGCAUACGGCGUUGCAACCGUUUGGCUGGUGUCCACCAUAGGUCUUAGAUCCACGACUCGGAAGAUCUCGAGAAAGGCAAUCCAGGACGUCAAUGUCCAAAAGGCCUGCGAAACCAUCCUCCAGCCGGAGGCGCCGAUCGCCUUGCGUCUCCAGGGAAGCCUGCUGUACGGCCUCUCGAGAGUCUAUUCCCAACAGUGCCAUUAUGUACUCUCUGACGCCGAGCGGGUGCAGUCGCACAUGAGAGCGUUUUAUAACGCGCUGGGUGGGAGUGAGAAUGCCCUUGAUCCCCAGGCGGGAAAGUCCAAGCGGAGAGAGCUUAUCCUCGAGGACGACCCGGAGUUUGAUCUCAAUCCGGACCUUCCCGCUUUCCAUUUCGAUGACGGCGGUAACCUCGUUGUCCCCCAAAUCAGCCAGGCUUCGCGCAAGACGUCUUCUCAAUUCUCGCCUCUCGACCGGGAUGGGUCAUUGUCCAGCUCCAACCGCUCCAUGCUGCGCGGUUUCGACCUCUCACAAUCGCCAUUUGGUGGCGCAGUUCUUCCCGGGCCUCCGAGAGCAGGUACCAUGACGCCUGCGAAAGAAAACGACGAGCUGAUGCCGUUUGGCGACGAAGAGCGCGAGCUGCAAGCUCUCGAUGAUUGGGGUUUUGAGAUUGACGCGGACGGAAACAUCAUACCGGCCAUGGAGGAGCCCCAGUUGCCACGACUUCCACAACAGCAAGACGAGGAAGGUGCGGGAAUUGUACCCCAGGACGAGUUUCUUCCGUUCGGCGAGGAAGGUGAUGUGGUUAUGGGCGGCACACGCAAUGUUUUCCAUUCAGACCCGCCUCUUCCUGUCCAACAGAGAAUCGAGGAGAACCGGGAACAAGACCCAGAGUGGCGGCCGGCUCAACAUGAGCGAGAAGCUGUGACCGAAAACGAAGCUGAUGCUAGCCGAGCUGCCCCCGUCCAACGCCGAAGGCGCCGGCCGGUUCUGGCUCCGGAUGAUCAGACCAAAAUCACGAGGCAUGAGCUCAAGGCUUGGUCCACAAACUAUCUUGCCAAUGCCGAGAAAUCCCAACCACGCCAUGCCAUUACGGCAGCCGACGCCCGCAAAAAUGCCUACAACCUCGUCUUCGGCCGCGGUAUCGCCGGCAUUGGGUCUCCAACCGGCGUCCCUGGCCUUCCACAUCCUCUAGCGUCGCAUUUUUCCGGCCCGGGUCUGCACGCCCAACUCCUAGGCAUUAUCAUCACUGACCCCGGUGGCGACGAUAUCGACGCGCCCCAUGGCCGCCGGCGCUCAGCCCUCGAAGCCCUCGACCCCGAAGAAGACGACGACAUCCGUCGUGUCCGCCCCCGGCUGAGCCAAGACGACGAGGACCAGCCCCUUCCUGACGAUGGCGACCUCCCACCCAUCGAACUCGGCAGACGAGCAGGUUCCGCCCUCCCCGAUAUCCCCUCUGACGUGCCCUGGAACCGUCCAUCUUCCCAGAUCCCCAGCUCGUCUGUCAAGGCAGCCGGCAGUCGACCUCCCAGCCGCCAGGUCAGCGCCAGCCCUCUCCACGGCCGUGGUAGUCUCCUCAUCCCCGGCCCGGAGAUUGAGCGCUUCAGUGAUGACGCCGCGGCGCAGUUCCCGGGCUCGGACGGAUUCGAUCCCCUCAUCCACUCCGCCUUAGGUGGUAGUGGUAGUGCUGGUGACCUAGCUCUUGCCCAGGCUGCCAUUCCCCAGGCUGCCAAUACCCAACACGCCGCCGCUACCACCUCCCAGGAGAUGCACACCGCACUCGACCGCGAAGGCCGCAAUUUCCUCGAUUACGUCGCCACCGUCGCGCGCGACAAGGGCGCGCCCACAAGUCCCUCCUCGAGAACCAACAACAACAAGAACGAUAACAAGAACAAUAACACCAACACCAACACCAAGCAGUGGACGGUGCGCUUCGAAGCACUCUUCGAAGGCGAGGACUGUAAAAAGGCAGUCGUGGCUCAGGCUUUUUACCACGUCCUGUCUCUCGCGACGAAGAAUGUGUUGAAAGUGCGGCAGGAGGGACAGGGUGGGCAGGUGCCGUAUGGGAGGAUUUAUUUGGGGGUGGAUGUUGUGGAUGGGUCUUUGGGAGGGGGGGAUGGGGAUGGGUGGUGA